GGGAAAGGGGAAAAAGCAGACGCAGAUUUGUAAAUCAAAAAAGACGGAAGCAGAGACUAGAGGAAGUAGGAGGAUCCUAGGGUUCCUAUCCAGGGCGUCCUUCGAUCCCUCUUUCCGUACUUCUCUUGAUGCAUAUGAUCCGUAUAUGUAAAUAUAUUCCCAUUUAUGCGUUAUCGACGACCAGUCUUUGUAGCGCGACAAUCUCCGGUCGCGUUAGAUUUGGGACUAAAUUAGGGUUCUAGCGAGUUGUGCCGUAAUAUAGUGGUUUCGAAUUUGAAAGUUGCCGGUUGCUUCGUCGGUUAGGUGUAAGACAUAAAGACAACACAUUGAUUCACAAUCAAAUCUGUAUUUGUAAAUAUGCGAGGGUUGCAGAAAUCAAAACGGGUUUCUUGGGCGUCAGAUGUAAAUCUUUGUCAGGUGAGGCUGUUUCUCUCUGAUGAAUCCCCUUCUCAAGUUGGGUUUGGAGCUCAGGAUCACCUUCAAGCAAAGGCUUCAUGGAUGCCAUCAUCAUCAGGACUGGCUACUGAUGAUAAUUUGCCACCUGGCUUCGAAGCUGCUCAUUCCGCCAACCUGUUGAAGAAUAAGUUGUCCCAAAUCCCUCUUGUUAAAUGGAGAUGCCCUGCAAGAUUUGUUUUGGAUGCCUCAUGGCAAGUUGUUGCUGGUGAAGAAAGCAAAGAAGUGGAUAUACAGAACCAGCGGGAGAUGAGAAUGCUUGAGGCAGUUUAUCCUCGCCCAUCUGCGAUUCCUCCAAACCCCUCUGUCUCAAUGGACACUGGAGAUCCUCCUUACAAUGAUCUGAACACUACUUUGAUCCCCAUCACUCCCAUUGAAGAUGAAGAUGCAGCAGCAGAUGCAGCAGUAGAUCCCGUGGCUCAAAAUGCCAGUGCCAUGAGCUCGCAGGUCCUGCUGUUGCCUCCUGGAAUGCCUCCUGCAUCACAGUUCAGUACCACCGCUUCUCCAAACCUGAUUACCAGUGGAAAUACGGCUGCUGGAAUAUUCCCCGGGCUUGAACCAGAUGUGGCUGCAGCUGCAUAUGCUGCCUUGUCUGCUGUAGUGUCUAGCAAUGAUCAAGGAAACUUGAUUGACCCAGACUUGCUCGUUAAAAUUCUUAGUGACCCAAAAUUGAUUGAAAAAUUAGUUGCAGACCACAGAGCAGCCACUAACCCACAGAUCACACCCAUGCCAAGGCCACCAGGGAUAAUAUUUUCCGAACCACCUUCUGUUCAGAUUAGUCGGGCAGAAGCUGGUGCACCAUCGUUGUCAGUUCCUCCAACUGGACCCUUCUAUGGUCCACCAAAUAGAGCAGGGCCUGUUCCCAAUGCUCGGCCUCCUCCACUAGAUGUACUUCCAGUUGCCUCUCCAUUAGGAGCUCCUAUUGCUAAGGACAUUAACUAUUAUAAGAGCCUUAUUCAGCAACAUGGGGCUGAGAGACAAGAGAACCUUCUGCAGUUUGAUAACCGUCACAGCCAUCAAUUAGUAGCCCACCAAGAAUCAGUUAAUAACCCUAAACCAAGGGAAUUUAAACCCAAGAUAAUGAAGCCAUGUAUCUACUUUAACAGUUCAAGGGGUUGCCGGCAUGGAGCCAACUGUUCUUAUCAGCAUGAUACAUCAUCUCAGCAGCGGGCUGGUAGCGUUCCAGAGGUGCAAAGUACAAAGAGAAUGAAAUUGGACAGGGAGAUUACAGGUGCAUAGUCCUGCUGUUAGCAUUACUCUGUAUAUUUUUUCAAGAGGAAUUGCUAAUUUCUGCCCGGCCCCUUUUGCAUAUUUCUCCUCUGGCUUGGUUUUUGCAGAAAGAAGAAUCAGUUGAAUUUAUUAAUUUUUCCUUUGUUGAUCAUCGUGCUUAUACUGGAAUUAUGAGCGAAAACCUUGAUAUCUGCCAACAGUUCUUGGAUUAUAGUUGAUAUAGCUCCUGAUUUUCCAAUUCAUGGUAUAUUUAUGUUUCA